AUGGACGAGAUAACAACGUUUACCACCAUCGCUGCGCUGUACCUACUUUGGACGUCCGACACCCGUCGGAGGGUCAACCGCCGCCGUCGUUUCUGGGUGCAUACUAUCCUCCGGAGGCGCACAGAGCUCGGCGAGUACCACCGGCUCAUUCAGGAGCUCCGUUUGGAUGAUGGCCGUUUCCAGCGGUACUUCAGGCUGAACGUAGCUCAAUUUGAGGACUUGCUAGCGAGGGUUGGCGCCAGGAUUUCCAGGCAGGACACCAACUACAGGCGCUCCAUUUCAGCUGCGGAGCGCCUGUCCAUCUGUCUCCGAUACCUGGCCACUGGUGACUCCUACAGGACCAUCGCCAACAGCUUCCGUGUUGGGGUCUCCACUGUGUCCAUGAUCGUGGCUGAUGUGGUGUCCGCUAUCUGGGACUGCCUCGUGGGGGAGUUCAUGGCUGUGCCCACCACAGAGGAGUGGAGGUCCAUCGCAGAGGGGUUUGAGGAGCGGUGGAAUUUUCCUCUCUGCUGUGGAGCUGUGGAUGGGAAGCAUGUCGCCAUUCAAGCCCCUGCCAACUCCGGGUCCCAAUUUUUUAAUUAUAAGGGGACAUUCUCCAUCGUCCUCCUGGCUGUUGUCGAUGCCCAGUAUUGUUUCAGGGUCAUUGAUGUCGGGGGCUACGGAAGGACGAGCGACGGCGGUAUCCUGGCCAACUCGGCUUUUGGUAGAGCACUCCGCUCUGGCACCCUCCAUCUGCCUGCUGACCGGCCGUUACCAGGAGCUGACCACAGAGGACCCCAGCCACACGUCUUGGUUGCCGAUGAGGCCUUUCCACUCCGGAGAAACCUCAUGAGGCCAUUCCCCGGGCGCACCCUUCCCAGAGACCGCCGGAUCUUCAACUACCGGCUGUCCCGGGCACGGCUGGUGGUUGAGAAUGCCUUUGGCAUCCUGGCAGCCCAGUGGAGGAUGUACCGGCGUUCCCUGGAGGUCCGUACACAGGUUGCAGAGAAGUGUGUGAAGGCGACAUGUGUGCUGCACAACUUCCUGCGGAAGACCACGCCUGGGACGAUGGGCAACCUACCAGCUUGUGAGGUGGAGCCGCUGCCAGGUCUGGGAAGACUUGCAGCAAACAACGCUGCAAGAGAGGCCGUCCGGGUUCGGGAGACCUUUGCAGAGUACUUCUCCGCAGAGGGAGCGGUCCCAUGGCAACCCAGCGUUUAA